CGACUUGUCGAAAUGGUUAAGAGUGUGAGCCGGUGCGAACUAACUGCAAUCACCUAACCGUUACCGUUUGUGGCGAACGCGCGCGCAAGGGACAGCGGGUGACGCGCGAAAUUUGCAUAAAUUCAAAUUAAGAACUCAUUCGCAAUACGAAUGCGCUAAACUGAAACCUUUGACACCAAACGGGACCCUUAAUUUCUAGUGACGUAGUGAUGAUAUUUUGGUUGUGAGCAAUAUCUUAAUAAGGAUAAGUGAUAAUGGCGGCCGAAACCAAAGCCACGGAAAAAAAUCUUAAUAUUAACGGCAAUGACUUAAAUGGAACACUCGUUAUAAGGAAUAGCUUUAAUAAAUGUAAAUCAAAUAAACAAAGUAAUGAAAAGACAGAAAACAUUAACGAUGACUGGAAAGACUUGGAUAUUAUACAAAAAGCGAGACGAAUGAUUUCUCUAAUUACGGUGGAACCGAUUCUCGCUUGCUACGUGAUGCCAUCAGUACUUUCAGCAUUGGCUACACAAAACUUAUACUUAGAAAAAGCAUGUAGAGUGAAUCUUGGAUUUGAAGAUCAUGUAUGCGAUGCUUUGACACGCAGAGAAACAGCCAACUAUACGUUUGAAGAAGAGGCUGUCCAAACGCUAGUAGCAUCGGUCGCCGGAUGGAAAACCGUGUUACAAUCGUUUUUGCCUUGCGGAAUCCUAAUAUUCUUGGGCGCCUAUAGUGAUAGAGUGGGACAGAGAAAGUUCUGUAUGCUCCUGCCUAUAAUUGGAGAAUUUCUAACAAGUGUCGGACUUAUUGUGAAUACCUUCUUCUUCUACCAGCUUCCUGUAGAAGUAGCUGCUGUGACAGAAGCUAUAUUUCCGGCCCUCACGGGAGGGUGGGUGACAAUGUUCAUGGGAGUGUUCAGUUAUAUAGCGGAUGUGACAACAGAAGACCAACGGACGUUGCGAAUAGGAGUUGUAAAUCUUUUCUAUUCUUUAGGAGUGCCAGUAGGAGCGGCUCUGAGUGGAAUUUUGGUGCGAAAGAUAGGACUGUACGGAGUGUUUUCUUUAAGUGCAACGCUAUACAUCCUUAGUUUUAUGUAUGGAUUCUUCAGGAUUAAGGAAGUGAAGAAGCCCGAUAUAAAUGUGAAACCGCCGAAGAACUGCUGCGAAUGGCUGCACACUUUCUUCGACAUGAGCUUGGUGAAGGAGACCCUGCUGGUGGCGUUCAGGCGAGGCCCCAACAACCGACGGCUGCGCGUGAUCAUGCUAGUCGUAGUGCUGUGUGUGGUCAUAGGACCUAUUUAUGGUGAAAUGUCAGUGAUGUACCUGUUCACAAGGUACCGCUUCAACUGGAACGAGGUCGACUUCAGUGUGUUCUCCACGUAUGCCAUGUGCACUUCAUUAGUUGGUACUCUGUUUUCCGUGGGCGUGUUCAGCCACCGGCUGAAAUUCGACGACGCGAUCAUAGGAGUGAUAUCUUGUACCAGCAAAAUACUAUCAGGAUUCAUGUACGCCUUCGCUACGAAAACUUGGCAUAUUUAUAUAGCUCCAUUAAUAGAAAUCUUUAGCGGAACGUCAUUCAUCGCCAUGAGGUCCAUGGUCUCAAAAUUAGUCGAGAAAGACGAGUUAGGCAAGGUGAAUUCGUUCUUCGGCGUGGCAGAAGCGAUGAUGCCCCUAGUGUAUGCGCCCAUGUACACGAGCACAUACACUGCCACUAUCAAGUCCUUCCCAGGGGCGUUUUUCGUGCUUGGUGGCGCUCUAACCGUCCCUGCAGUUGUCAUAUUUUUGUGGCUAUAUUUAGCAAGCAAGAAAUAUAGCAACAAAACAUCAGACGAAGAAAAAGAAGCAAAAAAUGCAGACCCUCCGGUUAAAGGCGUUGACAAUAAAGCGUUUGAAGACGAUAAGGAUGGAAAAACGAAGAGAAUCGACAACAGCUCUGAAGCAGAUAAAGAAAGCAUACGACAGUCUCAGAUCGAAACUGGGUUCACAGAAAGUAUGCAUAGUACAAGUAAAUUGUGAAUAUUUUGUAUAAUAUGAACAUUACAAAAAAAAUACAAUGUCUCAGUCUGAGGUAACAUUAGUUUUUAAUACGUUACUCUAUAGCGUGAACGUCAUAGAAAAUGGCAUUAAUUGUAUGGGUAAAGUAGUGCAGCGCCCUCCAAAAUAGUACAUUACGAUACAAGUGCGUAAAAAAGGAAGUUCCUUUUCGCACGUGUAUCGUACGACGUUUUUCAGUACAGAUGGCCCUCCGAAGUUUCGACCUGACAAGAAAUGAACCACUUCUCGCACUAGUGCGUAAAAAAAAACACCAUCUGUACUGAAAAUUACAUUAGUGCAUUUUUCGUGACGUGACGAUUAUGCUAUCGAGAAACGUAUUCUAAAAACUUCAAAAUCUCAUAGCAGAGGCUUUGACUGCGAUUCUUACGAGCAAAUAGAUAUUCGGCCAAAACAAAAGCGACUUGGAAUCUGGUAUUUUCAUUGUUACCACCCGUGCUGUGCCUACACAAGUACACACAUUUUUUACCCCAUUUUUAUUAAUUUAACCAACUUUUAUUUAAGUACA